AUUCUAGGGACUCCAGCGCAUCGCCCGGUCGGACGCGGAGGGGGCGGGGUGGGGGGUGUCCCCCCAAGGAUUGAAAACUCCCCGUCCAGGGGGCGCAGGCCCCCCAGCCAUGGUCUCCAAAGAGCCGGGGGCGCCCCAGGAGAAAUACAAGCUGGUGGUGGUGGGAGGGGGCGGCGUGGGGAAGAGCGCCCUGACCAUCCAGUUCAUUCAGUCGUACUUUGUCUCGGACUAUGACCCCACAAUCGAGGACUCCUACACGAAGAUUUGCACCAUCGAUGGGAGCCCGACCCGGCUGGACAUCCUGGACACGGCCGGGCAGGAGGAGUUCGGGGCCAUGCGGGAGCAGUACAUGCGCACGGGGGAGGGGUUCCUGCUCAUCUACGCCAUCAAUGACCGCGGCAGCUUCACCGAGAUCAGCAAGUUCCACACCCAGAUCCUGCGCGUCAAGGACCGGGACGACUUUCCCAUGAUCCUCGUGGGCAACAAGGCUGACCUGGACCUCCAGCGCCAGGUGCCCAAGGAGGAGGCGCUGGCCUUCGCCCAGGAGAAUCGCAUCCCCUACAUGGAGGCCUCGGCCAAGAUCCGCCUCAACGUAGACGAGUCCUUCCAUGAGGUCGUCCGGGCCAUCAGAAGGUUCCAGGAGCUGGAGACCCCCCCUGCCCCUACAGUGCACCCCACAACUAAAGAGUCCAACGGCUGCCCCUGCUGCAUCCUGUGAUGGCCCCCCCCUCAACACUCACCCAGCUGUGCAAGAGGGGGGGAGGAGCGGUAUAGUCCAUUGCUGAUUGUACAUAUUUAUAAAUAGGGGACGCAGAGGAUGGGGAUCCCAGGUGAUAUUUUGGGGGACAGAAAGGGGGUGGUUUCCCCCUGGUUCGUAGGGGUUGGGCAGUGGUCACCCUGCAUUACAGGGUUCGGGGUGGGAGCAGCUCCCCUCAAAGAUUUGGGGUGUCAGGGUGGGGACCCCAUGACCGAGAGCCUGUAACUGGAGAGUUUGUGGGGUCUCUGUCCAAGUGCCCCCCCCUCCAUUGUAUGGGGGGCGGGGACACAAGGCCAGGCCCCAUUUCAGUUGGGGAAAGGAGAAAUGUGACUCCAAUUAAGGUACUGGGGGGGGUGGGGUGGACAGAUCAUGGUGGAGGUGCUGCCCCCCCACCGCAAGGAGUGCGGAGGGUUCCCCAAAGGGCGGAGCUCCUUCCGAAACGUUGGUCUUUUCUAUGGCAAAUCAAAGCUUUACCGAAAGAGGGGACCCCGGUGUCCGGGGGUGGGGCCACGCUGCAUUCUGUAGCCAGAGCCAGCACGAGGAUUGGGGCGGGGGUCUGAAUAAACGUGUAGACACGGUCGCCAGCUAGUUAUCUCACUGAUAUUUCUAUGCACCGCUUUGGGAGGUGGGGGGGGGCGGGUGUAACAACUCAUCUCCCCACCCGCUCAGUAGCAGGGAGCUAGGGGCAGGUUUGGCUGCUGGGGGGGGUCCCCCAUCUGUAAAUACCAAAGCCCCUCCCCCACCAAGCGCAUGUUGCAUUAAAGUGCCUUAAAGCCA